AAUGCAAUGUCAGAGGUCACGGAGGCUGACAGUUGCAGAAUUUCGCCAUUUUGAGCGGAAUAAAAUUUGUACUGUAAUUUAUCGAUUUUCUCAUGAUUCCCGAAUAAUGGAGGGCUUAAUUCCAGUUAUCAAUAAACUCCAGGAUGUAUUCAAUACGGUGGGAUCCGAGGCAAUUCAGCUUCCACAAAUCGUUGUCAUUGGGACACAGAGUUCUGGCAAAAGUUCAGUAUUGGAGAACCUGGUAGGACGAGACUUCUUACCAAGAGGUAGUGGUAUAGUAACGAGACGUCCCCUUGUGUUACAAUUAGUUUAUGUCCGAGAAGAUGACAAGGAAACAAGAGAGACAGAAGGAGAUAAUGUUGAAGCUGCUGAGUGGGGGAAGUUCUUACAUACAAAAAAUAAAAUCUACACAGACUUCAAAGAGAUUAGGAGAGAGAUUGAAAAUGAGACAGACCGCAUGGCUGGAACAAAUAAGGGUAUCUGUGAAGAACCAAUCAUGUGCAAGAUCUAUUCCCCGAGGGUUUUAAAUCUCACAUUGGUGGAUAUGCCAGGAAUGACGAAAGUUCCAGUAGGGGACCAGCCUGAAGAUAUAGAAGUCCAGAUCCGUGCGUUGUGCAUGAAGUUUAUGGCUAACCCCAAUUCUAUCAUUCUCGCUGUGUCUGCAGCUAACCAAGACAUGGCUACAUCAGAAUCUUUGAAACUGGCCAAAGAAGUUGACCCUGAUGGUAGACGUACACUGGCUGUGUUAACAAAGCUAGAUCUGAUGGAUGCUGGGACUGAUGCAAUGGAUUACCUGAUGGGCCGUGUCAUUCCAGUAAAACUGGGAAUCAUAGGGGUCGUGAACAGAAGUCAAGCAGAUAUAAAUGAUCAAAAGGAGAUCAAAGAAGCCUUGAAAGAUGAAGCUUCCUUCCUACAGAGGAAAUAUCCUGCUGUAGCUAACAGAAAUGGAACACCAAACCUUGCCAGAACUUUACAAAGGCUCCUCAUGCACCAUAUACGAGACUGUCUCCCAGAGUUGAAGACACGAGUUAAUGUAAUGGCUGCUCAGUUCCAACAACUCCUUAAUUCAUUUGGUGACACUGUGGCUCCUGAUGAGAAGAGCCAGUUACUGUUAAGCAUUAUCACAAAGUUUGCAGCUGCCUACUGCAGUACCAUAGAAGGCACAUCUAAGAAUAUAGAAACAGCAGAAUUGUGCGGAGGAGCUAGAAUCUGUUAUAUUUUCCAUGAGACAUUUGGUCGUACACUGGAGAAUGUGGACCCUCUAGGAGGACUCACACAGCUAGACAUACUCACCGCAAUAAGAAAUGCUACAGGUCCAAGGCCUGCACUGUUCGUACCUGAGAUAGCAUUUGAACUGUUGGUGAAACGGCAGAUUCGCAGAUUAGAAGAGCCAAGUAUUCGUUGUAUAGAACUAGUCCAUGAAGAAAUGCAAAGGAUUAUCCAACAUUGUGGCACUCAGGUAAUAGGACAUGGUACCAUAUACAGUAUAAACCAAGAGAUGCUGAGGUUCCCAAAGCUACAUGAGAGAAUAGUUGAUGUUGUCACGGCACUAUUGCGCAAGAGACUUCCACCCACCAAUACCAUGGUAGAGAAUUUGGUGCAGAUUGAGUUAGCAUAUAUCAACACUAAGCACCCAGACUUCACAGAGGCAUCAUUAGUACAUAGAGCACUCACAGACAAUAUCAAUAAUGAUAUACAGAAGUUUAACAAAGAACCCAUGAACAAACAGUUCAUACAAGAGGAGAAAGACAAUGUAAGAGAAGCACCCAGGAAUCCCACCCCCACUCAGGACCAAACAUCCACUGCAAAUGCUUCGUGGCGUCUCUCCAACUGGUAUAGGGGAGCCAAGGGAGACAUCCCUCUUGAUGUACAAAGUUUACCUAACAGUGUAACAAAUUCCCCCGCUAGAUCUUCACGGGAAUUAAAUCUGUUGCCUGAAGUUCCCAACCAGUCUGGUAAUAGGAAGUUGUCAUCAAGGGAACAACGAGACUGUGAGGUUAUAGAACGAUUAAUUAAGUCCUACUUUUUAAUAACCCGGAAAAAUAUCCAGGACACCGUUCCAAAAGCAAUAAUGUGUUUCUUAGUGAAUUUUAUCAAAGACAAUCUUCAAAGUGAACUUGUCAGUGCUCUAUACAAGAAAGAAGAAAUAGCUAAAUUAUUAGAUGAAUCAGAACACAUUGCAACUAGGAGGAAGGAGGCGCAAGAAAUGCUUAAGGCCUUGCAGUUAGCCAGUCAAAUAAUUGGUGAGAUUAGAGAGACACAUUUAUGGUAGGAUGGAACUGUAGAUAAUUGCCACAUUUAUGAUAGGAUGAAACUAUAGAUUAUUGACACAUUUUUGGUAGUAUGGAGCUGUAGACUAAAUGGACACAGUGUACAUAUGUGAUGAUAAGUUCCCAAAGCUCCAGUGUGACCUUCUGGUGUUAAAGUGACACAUUAGUUCUCUGUUGGUUCAAACAGAGACAUCAAACAGAUUUUCAGGUUUCAAGAGAGCUCCAUGAUGUAAUGACACUUCAUAUAUAGAGACAUGUCUUAGAUCUAAGUUAGGCACAUCCUAACAAUAGACUCUUCUAAGGAAAAUAUGUAAAAUCAAAGAAUUAGUGUACUUGUACUUUACUUGUAAAGAGAGUCUAAGGAUAUGUUAGACAUUUCUUUUAUAAACGGACACUUCUCCUUGUUAAGUGGCAAUAACACUGGUCAGUAUCGGGAGAAGAUAACGGUUAUACUAUUCAAUGUUUUCAUUGAAUCAAACCACUUUGCUAUGAACAUUUUGCUUUGACAUUUCUUCAAGACCAACUUGUUUGACAAAGAAACUAAACAAUAUGAUCAAUUGUUUCUAUAUUAUGUGUGGAUGCCAUUAUCCAACAAUAUGUUCUAUUGCUCCAUAGGGUGCAGCCACAUGAAUUCUUUGUUCACCAUCAUGAUAUUCAUACAACCCUCCCCUCCCAAAGUCACAAGUGAUAGAAAAUAUGAUUGGACCAUGGCUAAUAGACAUAUUGUAUGAUAAUAUGGUUGAACUUUCAAUGCCGAAUAUCCACGGCAAAGCAGUUUGAUUGGACAAAAACGGAAGCUAUCAAAAUCGACACAUACUGUCUGCCAUUUUGAAAGAGAAGGUAACAGCUGUUACUUUCUCUUGGUACUGACCAGUGAGUAUGUACUCCACUUUAUUCAAACUGACUAGUGUCAUAGUGCAAUGGAAGUCCAAGGGGAAUGUUGUUGUUGAGAGAUGUAAUCAUGAAGAAAAUAUUUUGAUACAUAAAAUUGAGAAUUGCAUAAACUACGGCAUUGAAUGGUUGUAAAUAAAAUUCUUUGUUAUUUUCUGACUAACAUUUUGCAUCUGUAAAAUUCUUCAACCAGUUAAUGUUCAAGUUAAUAACUUCACAGGGAAUUAACAGCAACCCAGUUCGACAAUUAUGCAUCAGUCAUUAAAAUAAUGAAUUAAAUUGAAGUAAG